UGCUAAUACAACCAAGACAGCCACACUGGGAAGAACUCACUGAUCCUUUUUCUUGAGACUUGAAGGAAGUUGUCCUCAGAUUUUCUAAGAGUUCUUCUGGAUUUGAAAAGCUUCAACAACCAGACUCCAGGAUGAAGUACUACGAAUGUCCCGUGUCCCAGUCAAGGGGAAUCAAAGCUUACUCCCAGAAUUGUGGCAUUCCUGUCUCUUGCAAAAGUGCAUCUCUAAAGCCAAUCCGAAGUGUCCACUUCCCCAAUGACGUUGUUUUCCAAGACUAUGUGCGACAGGGUGAGCUGGAAAGGAUUGGAAGGUUCAUUCGAGCCCAAAGGGUCACCCUUGAUACCAUCUACCUCUCUGGCAUGGCAGCCAUUCAUGAGGCCGUCCUGUCUGGGAACUUGGAGUGCGUAAAGCUUCUAGUUCACUAUGGAGCAGACAUCCAUCAAAGAGACGAGGAGGGAUGGACCGCACUGCACAUGGCCUGUAGUGAUGGCUUCCCACACAUUGCACGAUACCUCCUCUCGCUGGGAGCUGACCCCGAGCUGGAAAACGACUGUGGGGAGAAACCAGCUGAUCUCAUUGACCUGGACAACAAGGAGCUGCUGGAGCUCUUCGGACUGGCAGUCAAUGACUGAGAACACCAGAUUUCUGGAGAUUCACAUGCAGAAAACUGCUGCAGCUGUCCGACUGCUGUGCAGUAGUGAGCAGGGAAGGACAUACAAGUCCUAGAUCCUGAUUUGUGAGCUGCCUCAGCUCUGGAGGACUGGAUGUGUGGUGGAAGGACUGGCAGAGGCAACUGGCUGCCCUCGGAGGGGCGUGAAUGUUUACAGGAGGGGCUUCCUUCUGGUCUCCUGCAGCCCCUACCUGCUGGACCCUGUCAGUCAGACCUUUUGGUUAGAUUUGGCUGAAUUCUGAAUGAUUUGAAACUAAGUUGUUGUUGCUCAGCUUAUUAGGACAGUUUGAUCUGCAAACAUUUAUAAAAACCAGACAGGCUUCUGUUUAGUGCUAUAUUAGCAAAUACGUUUACAGCCAAUCAAGUAAUGAAUCCAGCAAAUAUCCUCUUGAUCACUUAUAACUAACUACUCUUAUUUACUUGUUUGUAUGACUUUUUAUACUUAUUUAAAUAAAGAAAAUAAGUGUUAUUUGCUUCAUUUCAACAUUUGCAUUAGGGAGAAUUAUAUCUAUGAGCAAGGUGAAGACAGUCAACUUCAAAAGGAAAUCUUUGGCAAUGUAUGGUCAUGACACCUGCCCCAAGAUGUGUUAGUUUUAACAAGCUUAGGGCUAAAACAACAACUACCAACUGACUGGAUCCACAGAAAUGUGAUUACUGAAAACACCAAAUUGUCUGAACUCAUUAAACAGAAUUAAAGUCAGGAUCAGUAAG